AUGUCACCUCAUUCUGCAGUCGAGGUAUCCGCCACCUCGGACACAUCCGCAAUUAUUAUUCCGAACCCUUUGAGUGCGCCCAUACAGAGCAAUGAGAUGCCCACAAGGAGAAAGAAGACUACUGCAGCACAAUGGGGUGUAGCAGCACCGUCCGAUACAUCGAACUUUCGACUUAAAUCGCACGAACACAAGCCCAAAGCAAAGUCAUGGAAUAGUGUUUUAACUAAUGAGGCCCUUAUUCGAAAAGGCAACUCGCUAAAAGAAGCCGCCAAGUUUCUCAGUACACCAGGUCUCAUAUCUCUCGGAGGAGGACUACCCUCUAGCGAGUACUUUCCCUUUGAGGAGCUAUCAGUCAAGGUGCCCAAGGUCGGGCAUUUCUCCGAGCCCGAAACCAAAGAGUCUGGAGUGACGCUUACUGCGGGCAAACACGACCUUGCCGAGAACAAGUCCGUUUUCGACAUUGCUACUGCAUUCAACUAUGGCCAGGGCUCAGGCUCAGCACAGCUUCUGCGCUACAUGACUGAGCACACAGAACUGGUGCAUGAUCCACCAUAUGAAGACUGGAGGUGCACAAUGACAGUUGGAAGCACGUCUGCCACCGACAUGUUGCUUAGAAUGCUCACAAGACCUGGCGACAUGGUUCUCUCUGAGGAGUACACAUUUUCGGCUUUUGUCGAAACCGCUAGGCCAAUGGGUGUGCGCGUAUGUGGUGUGCCGAUUGACAGUGAAGGUCUCUUACCCACAGACAUGGACCGCAUACUCUCAAACUGGGACCAGGCCGCUCGAGGAUCCCGCAAACCACGUCUCCUCUACACAGUGCCUACAGGACAGAACCCAACUGGUGCAACAUCGAGCGGCGAGCGACGCCGAGAACUAUACAAAGUCUGCCAAAAGCAUGACAUCCACAUCAUAGAAGACGAACCCUACUACUUUCUCCAAAUGCAACCCUACACGGGACCCAACGCACCUGACGUCCCACCCCCUUCUUCCCAUGCCGAAUUUAUCAAAUCCCUCGUCCCCAGCUACCUCUCCAUGGACACAGACGGCCGCGUAGUCCGCAUGGACUCCUUCUCCAAAGUAAUCGCCCCAGGCUCGCGCGUAGGCUGGAUCACCGCGCCCGCGCAAAUCAUCGAGCGCUACGCCAAAUACGCCGACGUCUCGACACAGAACCCGUCUGGCAUCUCGCAACUCGUGCUCUUCAAGCUGCUCGACGAGCACUGGGGCCACGCCGGCUACCUCGACUGGCUCAUCCACAUCCGCAUGCAGUACACCAAGCGCCGCGACACCAUUCUCGCCGCGUGCGCAAAGCACCUGCCGCAAGAGGUUAUGCAGUGGAAGCCCCCCAUGGCGGGAAUGUUUCACUGGAUGAAGGUGGAUUUCACAAAGCAUCCUGCGUAUCCCGAGAAGAGUAUCGAGGCUAUUGAGGAGAGCAUCUUCAUGCGCGUUAUUGAUCAUGGCACGCUGGUUAUGCGGGGCAGCUGGUUCUAUGCUGAUGCCGACGAGGAGCAUGAUACUUUGUUUUUCAGGGCGACGUAUGCGAUGGCGCCUAGUGAUAAGAUUGAUGAGGGGAUUAGGAGGUUGGGGGAGGCGGUUAGAGAGGAGUUUGAGUUGGGAGAGUAUGCCAAGGAGAAGUAG